AUGCUACACGGUGGUGCUAUUGUUCAGCUCCUUGCUUUCGUCGAUGACACAUAUAUCAUAGUGCGGUCUGAAAUCUACGACACCGAUUGCGCCAAACUAACUGCAGUACCCAAUCUCCUCAUGAGUUGGGCCAAUGACAACAAUGUGACGUUUGGUCCGCACAAAUACACCUUGCCUCAUUUCCGCGGGUUCGGCGAGACGGAUCCCGCUCGUGCUCGCCCGGACAUCAGAGAACUCCCGUGCGACGAGCAGCUCUUCGAGCACGACUAUAUAGAUAUCCUGGGAGUCAGGGUCGACGCCCGUCUGUCGUGGGUGGACCACAUCGAGCUCAUCAUCACCAAGGUCAGCAAACAGGUAACUUACGACACUUGA